GAGGUGCACUGUCAUACAAACACACUCAUUUCUCGGCCACACAUAUGGUAAUCCUCUCCGCCAUUUGCACGCCGUCGACUCGGGGUAGGGCACCUGCGGCAGAGGCGUUUGAUGUGGCAGGUACAAGCGUCGCGCGUCUUGUGUCAGGAGACGUCGGACACCACCAGGUGGCGCGGAGGGUGUUGAACACGCGCACGAGCAGUCAGACAGUGCACGAAGGGUGCUGCUGGCGGCAAGAGGGUCGAACCCAACGGAAGCUGUAUGAGAUAUCUAUCUACCGCCUUUAGCAACUGUAUCAGACAUUAUCUGUCUUGCCAAAGGUUGGCUGGUAGUCGGAGUAGUCCUUGGACUUCCGGUUCGCCGAUCGCACAGUCGUUCUCACGCGCUGAGGCUGGUCGCUAGCAUAUGUACGUCUUAUAGUCACUGGCAACGCCAAGUCCCACUUCUUGCGAAGCGUUCGGGGAUCCAAGAUGGCGGUGCAGCUGCCGAAGCUUACUGAGGGCUACCUGGGGCCGCAGGCAAAGUUCGAGGAGUACGGCAUGACCACCCUGUCUCACCCUGAGCCUGUAAUUUACAUGACAGACGACCAGGAAGAGGUGGAGAUCAUCAUUGGCACGACCACCGAGACACGAGUCACGUCCAAGCUGCUGUCGCACGAACGUAAGCAGGACGUGAGUGACUUCGCCCUCGUGCGCUGCCUCGGUCCAUCCUACUGCUUCCUCAUCCGACCGCCGGCGCCUGGCUUCUACAAGUUCCAGAUCUACGCCCUGCCCUCGGGGGAGGCGGGGCCUAACAUGAUUGGCGUGUACAACUACCUGAUACACUGCCCCAACACCGCGCAGAGUGUUACAACCCUGCCCAAACAGUACCAGAUGUGGAAGGACGGCGGAUGUUACCUCAGAGAACCUUGGGUAUUCCUCGAGGCUAUCGUGGACCCCCGUUGCGCUUCCGACUCAACAUUCCAGGAGCUCGAGAUGUGCAGGUGAAAAUUGACGAGGACUGGAAUCAGCUGGAGCAGGUGGAGCCUGGCAUCUUUGAUGGUCUGGUCGACUUCAGCAAGUCCUACCCGCCAAACACCAAAGUGAAGGUCAACGUGAAGUCGGGUGGCAACAAAUAUAACACUCUGCUAGAGUACACCAUCUGAUCAUCAGCGCCUGGGACAUUGUGCAUGCCAAGCCACGUCACGCGAUCUGGGGUGAUCACCACGUGAUCAUAGGUUACUGAGGGUGGGGUCGUGGGGUCGUGGGGCUUGUGUGCGACGGUUCUUUGUCUCGUUGCAUCCAUAACUGUUGUCGCGUGGCUUGCCUCGGAACGGGCGAUUGUUUGUAUCAACGAGGACAUGCGAACUGAUGACACAUUAUAUUAUUAAUGCAGUGACCACCAACACCAUCGACCAUCAUGAAGGUCUGUGACCACCACAGUCGGCCUCCGGUUACAAACGAGUCCCGAGACCGUCUUUAAGUCGAAACACAUACUACAGUUCGUCUUUAAUAUCACUUAGUUCUAUAUUUUACCUUUCUUUGCCCAUAUAACACUUGAAAAACACUUUCAAAUAUCAUAAAAUUCAUAAAGGUAAUAUGAAUAAUAACAUAACAAACGUGUUCCUGUGUUCGAACUAACCGUUACUACGAACUGAUUUGUGAACUCGGACUUCAAAAUUAAUGUUUGUGGCAGCACGGUGACCGUGACUCGGAUGUUUGUUGAUAAGUGACUGCUGGGACAUCUGAUGUGAUUUUAUUUUAAACUAUAGAAAUUUGAAAAGGCUUUAUCCCAAUACGCACAAUGGAGACUUGCCGAUGCCAUCGCUGUUUAUUUACCCAGGUAUGGUUGGCUGCCACCCAUUUUCUGCCAAACAGCUAUUUAGGGUAGCUAGGGCUCAUGUCCACAGCCUCAUUUAACAGCAGCCCGGUAGCUAUAAUUUGUGUAACCUUUCUUUUUUUCCUCCUUCAAGAAAACAUUUUUUAUAG